AUUUGUUUUUUUUAAAACCUUAGUUUUCGAGUCUUCAGUCAUCACAGAAAAUCCGUUGUAUUAUAGAGAUAGCAUACAUACAAGAAAAAGGAUAUCUAAGAUAGGAUAAAGGUGGAUGACAAACGAUGCAGGUGAAUGAAACAAUUCAUCACACUUGCUGUUUCUCAUUUUAUCCUCGUCCAGUUUAUGAGCAUGCGCAUGCGCAAGACUGGUGGCUAGGUAUUUAUCUUGACGCUUUUCGAGAAUGACCUUUGUCUUAAGUGUCAGACACGAGUACAGUACAAAAAAAACACGAGCAGAGUAUUAUGUUAAUCACAGAUUCAAAAAGAAUACACUAAUAACGAACAGCCUGUCAUUAAGAACAUAAGGGCCUCUCAUUUGAACCUCACAGUGCUAUCUAAUUAUACACAAAAACAUUUGCAAGACAAGGGAAAGAAAUCCAUACCGGAGACAAAAUUCCAUCGCACAAAUGUCUAGCACAAGUUUUUUGGGCUAUCUUAGCAGUCUCAUAACGAGUGGAGACUUGAAAUCACUUCAUGGUCGCCUGGUAACUUUAUUUGACGAAAGCUACCGCUACACAUGUGAAGAAACAAUGUCGAUUUGUUGUGAGCUUCUUGAAGAGAACGCUCGUGUUCAAACAAAGUUGUUUCGCCUAAUGUACCUCUGUAGUGAGGAUGGUGGCCUGUACGGAGGGAUUGAACCACUGAAGAAGAAGCUUCUGCCAUGGCUGGGUUCUAGUGGGUUCCUGAGCAAAGAUUCGCAGGAGGAAGUGAAGUUGGUGAGAGAAAGAUAUGAACGGACCGUGUCGAGGUUGGAGGAAGACCUGAAAGCAGCUCAAAGGGAGGCUGGUGAACUACGACUGAAAUUGUCUGAAAGCGAACAAGAUUUAAAGAGACUUACUAUUAAAGUGACAGACAAUGCGAAGAACGAUCGCUUAUAUAGCGAGCUGGAAAAAAGGUUAGCAAGUACAACUUUAGAUUUGGCUGCGAAGGAAAACGAAAUUCGACAAGUCAAAGAUGAGACCGACCAGUUAAAACGCGAGAACUCCAAUCUUUAUUCGCGCUUACAGAAGCAUAUCUUAGAUGCCGAACCAGAACCCAUUCCUGUCAUCACCAAGCCAUUCACCGAUGGCAUUCUUCCACAUGAACGUACCUUGAAGUUAUUAGAGAGAUUUGCAGAACUGUAUGGCAGCGAACGCCUUGAAGUAAUGGACGCUUUAMGAGGACUCGCAAAUAGAGACACAAAUGAGCGCUUGAUCUUCUGUAUCAUAGAGGAAUGUUUUAUGGUGUGCAAGUCAGAACAGCGUCGAAUGCGCAAGAAAGUGCAGCAAGCACUGCAACCGACACAUGGCAGUCUAAUGRACACUCAGCAAACCAAUGAUAUUAUCGAAAGCUACAUGUUGAGGAAUGGAGACAACUACGAUGUGGAAACAUUGAUUCCGGAAGUCAUCAAAUGUCUUCAUCGCAACCCUUCUAUCAACCAACAUAUCCCGUACAACGAGAAGCUAUACGUGCCAUUCCUACGCCAAUGUCUUCGUGUCGUGUGGUCCUUGACUUCUCUAAAGCCUCCAGUAGACAUUGCGAUUGCACUCGAAGGAGACAUGAUAAACGAGAUGCGAUACAGACGAGCGUAUAACUCCGAGUUCAGCGCCACAUCAGUUCAUCACUUCGUGUGGCCAGCUCUGAUGAGAGAAUCAAAGGUUGUUGCAAAAGGAGAAGUGGUGACGAGAAGAAUAAAGGCCAUCAAGUCAAGAAAGGAAUCGCCAAGUAACUCACGCCCUCAGAGUGCCGAGCCAUUGUCUAGUACAUUGAGCUACGACCUUGGGAUUGGUUCCUUAUCAUCAUCUUGGAGUGAAACGUCUGCCUAUAAGCGUUACUCUCCUUAGAAGAUUACAGAGAAGACAAACAAACCUUCAGUCUGUCAUCCUUCCACAAUGCUGAAGUGUUAAACACAUAUACAUACAUAUACAGAAACAGUCACCUGUUAGUUUUURUUUACCAGGAUUUCAUUGUGUGGAUAAAAAUAAAGCUUCACCUUUAUGUGGCAAUAAUCAUCUAAAUGUUACCAUCCAUUCAAUUAAUGCUAAUUACUGCAAUUUUCAUAAACAUGCAAACUCUGUGUCUCCGACUUGCACRCUGAAUUUUUUUUGCUGCCACCAGUCAAAAGUAUGAAAGGUACCGACUGAUAGGGUUUGAUAGACGGCAGGAAAAAAACAAAUAUUUCAGAGUGCAGCUUGCAGACAUAGAGUUUACAUGUUUAUGAAAAUUGGCGUUAGGUCGUACWCGCAUGCCAUCCAUUGCCCAUAAUUUUGGUACUAUGCAAUUAUCUUCGAUUGGCUUAUUAAAUGAUGAGAAUUUUUUUAUUAAAUAAUGAAAAUUUUU